AUGAUCGGCGCCAUCACAAAUCCGGCUCAGCAGCCAUUCUUGGCCACAGGAAAUGGAAAUGGAAACAAGAUGAAUCUAAAGGUGGAAAUCCUCGAGAAUCUGCUCAAAGCCAGUGGGGAUGGGAAUUCAGCUAAGAUAAAUUCGCUGAGACAAGCGAUCCAGAGGAGUAAAACAGAUAUGGCAGAGAGCUUGGCUGAUUCUCUGGAUCUCCUGAGGCAAGUGUUCCAAUCGGAGAUGACUGAGGAGAUCAAACAAGUAAUCGACCGGCAUUUGAGGACAACGUUCGCUCCGGCAUUCGAAAAUCUAAAGCGUAAUGGGCAUUCGGUAAGCUUUAAAAACAUUAUCUGCACGGAUUUGUAUUUUUUUGCCAUUUAUAGGACAUUUCUCGUGAUUGUAUAAAUGAGUUGUGUUUAAACAUACUCAAUGGGGCCAAAGAACCAUUUGUAGCCAAGCCAGAUCCAAGUGUCAAGACGUGUAUCCCCUCAGGGUCCCUUUUGAAAAGAAGAAAAGACAAUGUAGAUGAUGACAGGAAAUACGAAAGUGACGAAAACGAGAGUGAUACCAGCAUGGCUAGCUUCAGUACAAACAGGACGAACACUGGACGAGGUACUUUAUUCAGUCUGUUGUAAUACAUAUACUGUUCGCGCCAUUCUAAGUCCGUAAAAUGUGCACGGUGCGUUUUUCUCUUUUUCUUCGCGCGCGCGAAAAAAGCGAAAUUCAUUUUUUCGCAAGCGUAAAUGCGAAAACUCCGCGACGUCAACGAAAAAAAUCGCGUCCCUACUUUUCAUGUCAACACUUCGGGGUCAACAAUACCGUUUCAUAGGUAAUUGAGGCUGCUGAUUUCGAAUAUCAUAUUCAUUUUAUCUGAAUGUUACAUUUUUAAACGGUAAUUGAUGGUGCUCAUUUCGAACAUAAUCAUUUGUGUUUUUAAAUGUUACAAUUUGGCUUAAAAAGUGAAAAUUAUUAAAAUUUCUUGAAGAGUCGUCGUCGUCGUCCUUAAAAAAAGUUGUAAAAUUGUGAUAACACGAAUAAUCGAAUAUAAUAUUAUUAUAUUCGAACAGUCGAUUACCCCUAAAUCCACUAUCAAAAAAUCCAAGAAUUACAUUUUUACAUUAUUCGGUAAAAUAAAAUUGUAACGUUCAGAUAAAAUUAAUGUGAUAUUCGAAAUCAGCACCCUCGAUUACCUAUAAAAUGCUACCGUUGACCCGAAAAGGCGCAAAAUUGUACGGACUUUAUGGCGGCAGUUGCAUAAUAUCCUUGACUACAGAUCUUGGAAAUCUCUCGGAUUCACAGCGGCCAAAGAAAAGGGGACGGCCAAGGAAAGUCAAUGUAGAUACCGGACGUUGCGGAACUCCCAUCUUGAAGGGGACCACUCCAGUUUCAUUUUUGGAAGUUUGUAAAGUAAGCGUUUUGAAAUUUUAAACAUAAAAAAGAUGCUGGGAUGACUGACUCUUACUUUACCACAGGUGAAAUUUUGACAAUAUUUGCAAAGAAGCGAGUUACGUAUUUUUCAGUGGAAUCCUGAUCGUAUAACCCCGGAAGUGAAGUUUGUUUUGGGAUCAAAAGUCAGCAAACUUUUGAAUAUGGGACAUCGGGGACACAUCUUUGUGAAGUACCCUAGGGUCUUCAGAUAUGUGUGUGAUGAUGAAGACAAGACCUGGUUGUUUGACAGAAAUAUUUCCACCAGAAUGAGCGGGAAGGUGUUCUUUGUUGUAUUGGAAGAUGCCCUGGAGAUUGCAACUCUUGAGAACGCUCCGUAAGUGUUUAUAAUAUACGGAAUAAUGAAUAUCAACUAUCAUUUCCAGGUUGAAUAUCCAAUCGGAAUUUUACCGCUAUGCUUUCCACGUUCCUGAAAGGGUGAUGUUAAAGAUGAAGAAGUUGAUGUUUAAACCCUUCGAAAGUCUUAAGACUCGAGUUGCCCAGACCGCCUCCCCAAUGCAGAUGUCCCCCUUGUCGAUGAAUUCGAUCAACCGUCCCUUCCCCACUACGCCCAAUCUUAAUUUAAAUCUGAGUAGUAUGAUUAAUAUGAUCCAACCUCAAUCCGUAAAUCCCGCUGGGGCAAACAUCAGUCGACUGAUCGAAGAUGACAAGUCGUUUCCCUUUAAUUGA